AUGAAAUCUUUGAUGAGGCGGAGAACGAUUGAGAAGUUGAUGACUACAUUGUUCAAAGCUGCUGAGAAAGAGGCUGUUGAGGAAGAGGGGGCUGAGGAAGAGGGUGCUGAGGAAGAGGCGGAUAAUGUGGAGGAAGAACUGCAGGAUACAAGGCUAAAGGAAGUGGAAUCAUUUGUCAAGUCUCAAACUUGGAAUGAUAGCCGUGUUGAUCCUACACCAACUGCUGCGGGUGGUGGUGAUGGUCUGGAGACACUAACUGCUACGGGUGGUGGUGAUGGUCUGGAGACACCAACUGUGGUGAUGGUCUGGAGACACCAACUGCUGCGGAUGGUGAUGAUGGUCUGGAGACACCAACUGCUACGGGUGGUGAUGGUUUGGAGACACCAAAGAAUGCCCAGUCAGAGCCUGUUCAAGAAUUGGUAUCAUGUGAAGAAGGUUCCAAGGAUUGUGAAGGAGAAGGUUCCAAGGAUAGUGAGGAAGAAGAGGACGAGGAAGCCAUCAGAUGCAAAAAAGUCUUCCUACACCACUAUGACUGAGGAAAAGAAAAAGAAGAAAGCAAAAUCCAAGAAAGACUGA